AUGUCUGUAACUGAAUCUCUCCGAGAGUUUGUGACCGAGCGGCUCGCUGCUGCUACUGAAGACAUUUUGGGAGUUUUGAACAGAACUGUGGUCCAGUACGAGGAAGAGCUGGACCGUCAACGCAGACUGCUGGAUUUGGUUUGGAAACCUCACAUUCUCUUACACAGAAUCGGUAAGAAGAGCCAAGUUUAGACUGAAUAAUGAAGCAGAAGCUCGGUUUAGAUCAGGGCUGCCUCUCCUCUCGGUUUCCAUGUAUAAAUACUGUGAAUAAAUUCGGAGGAACAACCCUGUAUGAGUUCAACUGUAUGAGUGAAUGGCAGAGAAUUUCCUCCAGCUCAACCAGGACAAAACUGAAGUUUUAAUUAUUGGUCCUGAAGGCAAAGAGAGAGAAACUUUUACCAAAACUACAAGAUUUUAAACCUGCUCAAUCUGUUAAGAAUGCAGGAGUAAUUUUUGACUCAGAGCUAAAUUUUAUUCCACAUAUCAAGAACUUAACAAAGACAGGUUUUGUACCAUCUUAAGAAUAGAGCCAGAGUCCGCCCGGAGGUGCUGAUGCAUGCUUUUAUUUCUAGUCCUUUAGAUUACUGUAAUGCCCUGCUCUCUGCUCUUCCCAAAAAGACGACUCACAUGUUACAGCUGCUACAAAAUCCUGCAGGACGUGUGCUGACGAGGACCAGAGGGCAGGAGCACAUUACACCGGUUUUAAAAUCCCUGCAUUGGCUCCCUGUGUGUUUUGUGGGGGAAAAUAACAGAUAUGUUUGGAUGUUUUGGGGGUUACCAUGAGGCAAGAAAACAGGAUAUGGGUGGAGUGGUCAGAUUGGGAUAAACUUCAUAUCAGGUCAUGGUGACCCUCUCUCAUGGUAGCUUAAUUGCAAUAACAGGAAAUCUGGCUCCAAAAGAUAGUGGCAGAGAAAGUCACGAAGGGGACUUUCGCACGCACAUUUGGCUAAAACUAAGGUCCCUGACGUCAAUGGAGGACUAUAAAAGAUAUGUGGAUGGGCUGUUUUUUGGUUCUGUCUGUUCGAUUGCUCAUGAGCUAUUGUUCGAUGCUGUGAUCGGAAUAAAAACCCCGCCGAGAGGCUGCCAGCUUGAUUCUGUCUUCGUGUAGUUCAUUUCUGCACUUUUGCACCGAGGUCAUCUUCUAAAGUUUCAGGAUCGAUUUCAAGGUUCUUUUAGUAGUUUUUAAGUGUCUUAAUGGUCUUGGCCCAUCUUAUUUAUCUGAACUGCUUUUAUCUUAACAACCCUCGCGUACCCUGAGGUCCUCUGGCGCCGGCCUUUUAGUUGUUCCUCAUACAAAAACCAAAACUCAUGGAGAGGCUGCCUUCAGCCAUUAUGGCCCAAAGUUAUGGACCAGCCUGCCAGAGAACAUCAGGACCGCAGAGACUGUUGAUGUUUUUUAAAAGGAGGCUCAAGACCCACCUUUUUAGUUUAGCUUUUAGCUGAUUUAACUGUUUUAGUUUAUUUUAUCCUUUACUUUUAUCAUAUUUUUAUGUCAUUUAGAUAUUUUAACAUUAUUUUAAUUCCUACUAUCUCUUAGUCUUUUUAGCUCCAGAGUUUCCUCGUGGGGGCCCUCCACACUGGGAGGUGUGUCUGGUCCGGAUGGUUAGGGGGCUCUGCACUAUGUGCGGGGUGCACCCGGGCUUUCUGGGUCAGGGGGUUUCGGGGGCGGUGCUCCCUGUGGGGGUGGGCUGUGGCUCCUCUCGGUGUGGACGGCUCCCAUAGGUGGUCUUUCCUUACCAGAAUCAUCAGUGCCUUGCCAUGUUUUUACUGACAGUUAGUGUGUGGGUGUGUGGAUACGUGUAUGUGUGUGUGGGGAGGGCUGCUGUGCAUGCCUGUAUGUGCUGCUGUGGGUGGGAAGGGACGGGUUUUAUGCCUAUUUUAUCGCCUUAUAUUUACUGUUGUUUGUUUUUUUACCGUUGUUUGUUUUUAUCUUUUUGUAAAGCACCUUGUGUUGCAGCUUAAAAGCAUGAAAGGUGCUAUAUAAAUAAAGUUUAAUUUGGUUUGAUUUGAUUUGAUAUAAUGACCCGGUACCAAAACUCAUCAUGUGUACAGAAAACAGGAAAAAGAAGGGGAACCCUAAGAAUGACAGACAUGUGUGUUGUUGGAAAAAAGGUGGUUUUCUUUCAUCUUACGGGUUAGUUUUACGUCCAACUUAUUUGACUCCUACAGGAAGGCCUUAAGUGACUCCUGUACACAAAGCUGAGCCCUUUGAGUUCAUCACAUACCCCCCUGGGUGUCUUCUGUUUGUAUAGAUAUAAACCAGUUUGGCCUCUGUGAGCUCUAUUAAUGGAUACUAUGUUAACUAAUUGCCAUUUUGAUUCUCCUGAAGUACAAAAUGUUUAAAAGUGCCUGAUGGAUGUGCUUCCAAGAUGAGGACAAAGUACCUUUUAAAUGCUUUUGUAGUUAAGUAAUGUAGACAGAAUGCGCACACAAAAGGACUUCAUCAGGUUUCGUGACUAAUCCACUACACUGAUGUUUUAAACAAGACCGCAGACACACUGAGUGAAUUUGGUGCUUUCUCUCAUGUUGACUUGGUCUCAUAUUUUGUGACUUCAUUUAUGUAAUAGAACUGCUAUAUUCUCGUGAAGUAAUAUUAGUCUUUAAUACAUUUUAUAAUCUUUAUCUCUUUAAGUUACAACUUAUCUUACUGCUCUUUUCUUCAUAGUAUUAAAACUUAUUUUACAUUGUGUUGCAAAUUUUUAUGUCAUUUAUCAUGCUAGAGUCUGUCAGUAUUGUGCCUCAAUUCUUCAACAUUUUAACUGAAUUGUGUUUAAUAUUACAACUCUGUCUUUAAAAUAUUAUAUCCUUCUUGUGAUUCCAAUUCUCUGUUUUCUGUCCCAUCUCAUUGACAUAUUUAUGCUUCUGUGUUCCUGCAGAUCUUCCACAACAUCAUGACUGUGAGGAGGAGGACGAGGUUGUCUCAGACCUGCAGCCCUGGAACCAGGAGAGGAACUCCAGUCCGGAACAAGAGGACCCAGAGCCUCUACAGAUUAAAGAGGAAGAGGAGGAAUUCUGCACCGGUCAGGACAGAGAGCAGCUUGAACCAAAGCAGGAGACUGAACACUUGAUGUUAACUCUAACCUGCCAUGAACCAGAAGUAAAGAAGGAAGACCAGUUUCUUUCUCACAACUCUAAUGAGGCUGCAAACCAAGAUCCACAGAAAGACAAGCUCACAGAGUCAGAAUCAACUUCAAAAUCAGAACAACACCCCCCCAAAAAAGUUCACAAAAGAAGAAGUAAGAAGACAAAACAGCCUAAGGUUCACUCUGAUCCUCAACAAGGUGAAAAGACCUUUAAAUGUGACACAAAUAGGGAAACAUUUACGAGCAAUUCAAAUUUACAGACACAUCAAAGUGUUCCCACUGGUAAAAAGAAGCAUACUUGUGAGAGGUGUGGGGAGAUAUUCAGAUACAAGUAUUUGACAUAUUUAUGCUUCUGUGUUCCUGCAGAUCUUAGACAACAUCAUGACUGCGAGGAGGACGAGGUUGUCUCAGACCUGCAGCCCUGGAACCAGGAGAGGAACUCCAGCCCGGAACAAGAGGACCCAGAGCCUCUACAGAUCAAAGAGGAAGAGGAGGAAUUCUGCACCAGUCAGGACAGAGAGCAGCUUGAACCAAAGCAGGAGACCGAACACUUGAUGUUAACUCUAACCUGCCAUGAACCAGAAGUAAAGAAGGAAGACCAGUUCCUGUCUCACAACUCUCAUGAGGGUGCAAACCAAGACCCACAGAAAGACAAGCUCACAGAGUCAGAAUCAACUUCAAAAUCAGAACAACAUCCCCCCAAAAAAGUUCACAAAAGAAGAAGUAAGAAGACAAAACAGCCUAAGGUUCACUCUGAUCCUCAACAAGGUGAAAAGACUUUUAAAUGUGACACAAAUAGGGAAACUUUAACCAGCAAUUCAAAUUUACAGACACAUCGCAGUGUUCCCACUGGUAAGAAGAAGCAUACUUGUGAGAGUUGUGGGAAGAUAUUCAGAUACAAGUAUUUGCUGACUAAUCACACAAGAUCACACACAGGUGAGAGACCAUACUCCUGUGGGAAAAGCUUCAAGUGGAAACCAGAUUUAAAAAAGCACAUGCAUAUUCAUUCCAGACAAAAGCUGAUCACCUGUGAAACAUGCAACAAAUCUUUUACCUGUACAAGUAACCUGAGAACACACAUUAGAACACACACAGGUGAGAAACCAUACUCCUGUGGCACUUGUGGGAAGAGCUUCAGUGUGAGUUCAAAUUUAAAAGUGCACAUGCGAGUUCAUUCAAGAGAAAAGCUGUUAACCUGUGAAACAUGCAACAAAUCUUUUAACAUGAAGCAUCAUCUGAAACAACACAUGAGAACACACACAGGUGAGAGACCAUACUCCUGUGGCACCUGUGGGAAAAGCUUUGGUAAGCCUUCAACUUUAAAAGUGCACAUGCUAAUUCAUUCAAGAGAAAAGCUGUUUACCUGUGAAACAUGCAACGAAUCUUUUUACAGUUUACAUAGACUGAAAAUGCACAUGAGAACACACACAGGUGAGAGACCGUACAGCUGUAGCUUGUGUGGGAAGAGCUUCUCUUUGAAUUCAAUUUUAAAAAAGCACAUUGUAAUUCACUCUGGAGAAAAGCUGUUCACCUGCAAAACAUGCAGCAAAACUUUUCUCAGGAAGUAUGAACUGAAACUGCACAUGAGAACACACACAGGUGAGAGACCGUACAGCUGUAGUACAUGUGGGAAAAGCUUCAGACUGAAUUCAAAUUUAAAAAUGCACAUGCUAAUUCACUCUGGAGAAAAGCUGUUCACCUGCAAAACAUGCAGCAAAACUUUUCACAGGAAGUAUACACUAACACUGCACAUGAGAACACACACAGGUGAGAGACCGUACUCCUGCAGCACUUGUGGGAAAAGCUUCAAGGUGAGUUCACAUUUAAAAACGCACAUGCUUGUUCACUCAAGAGAAAAGCUGUUCACCUGUGAAACAUGCAGCAAAUCUUUUAAAAGUAGCGAUCAACUAAAAGUGCACAUGAGAACACACACACACACAGGUGAGAGACCGUACAGCUGUAACUUGUGUGGAAAGAGCUUCUAUGUGAAUUCAAAUUUAAAAAUGCACAUCAUUAUUCACUCAAAAGAAAAGCUGUUCACCUGCAAAACAUGCAGAAAAUCUUUUAAAAGGAAGGAUCAACUAAAACGGCACAUGAGAACACACACACACAGGUUAAAGGUUCAGUCCACACCUGUGGCACUUGUGGGGAAAAGUUUUCUCGAAAAGCACACUUAG